CUGGUGAGUUGAACCGACUUCAGUCACAUGUCUGCAGAACCCGAGUCUGUAGCAGACGGAACUAGCCAGCUAGCUAGCUAGCCUUUUUUUUAUUUUACAUUUUAGCAAACAGAGUAAUUUGCACGAAUAUUAUUUAUCUAGUCAUUUCUGAUUUUCUUGUCAAAAUGUAAGUUUAUCAAGUGAUCGGGUCAAAACUAGUAAUGGGAUGAUGGAUAUGGAAUUUAGUUGGCAGGCUAGCUAGCUUCGUUAGCAUUUGUGUGUGUUUGUUAACGCUAAUUCAGCUAGCUGGAUAGACGAAUUUCUUUGUGAUUCAUUUUUGGAUUUAACUUGCUUGGAUGUCAUGGCUUCAACGAAGUGACAGGAAUUAUCUUCAAGUCACCAAUACGGAUAAAAUAAACGGUUUGAUCGGCUGGGUGGUGGAGAGAGGAGACAUGAUAUUGUAGUUGUGCCUUGUAACGUUGGUCAACGUGACAGUGUUUAUUUUUUUUAUUGUCAUACUGAUUGGAUAAGUAAACAUUAGCAUAUAGCUAGUAGGAAAACUCCACAAUGCAUGACGCUUACGAACCGGUACCUAUCCUGGAGAAACUGCCUCUCCAGAUUGACUGUCUUGCGGCCUGGGAGGACUGGCUUCUAGUUGGGACCAAACCAGGCCAUCUGCUGCUCUACAGAAUCAAAAAGGAUGCAGGUACCAACAGGUUUGAGGUGACUCUGGAGAAAUCCAACAAGAACUUCUCCAAGAAGAUCCAGCAGCUCUUCAUUGUCUCACAGUACAAGAUCCUCAUCAGUCUUCUAGAGAACAACAUCCAUGUCCACGACCUAUUGACCUUUCAGCAGAUUACUGUGGUCUCCAAGGCCAAAGGGGCAACGCUCUUCGCCUGUGACCUGCAGCUGUCCCCUUCAGGAGAGGCCCAGCUGAGGAUGUGUGUUGCAGUGAAGAAGAAGCUUCAGCUGUACUACUGGAAGGACAGGGAGUUCUACGAGCUACAGGGGGACUUUUCUGCUCCAGACAUCCCGAAGUCCAUGGCCUGGUGUGAGAACUCCAUCUGUGUAGGCUUCAAGAGAGACUACUACCUCAUCCGGAUGGAUGGGCGGGGCUCCAUCAAGGAGCUCUUCCCCACGGGGAAGCAGCUGGAGCCCCUGGUUGUUCCCCUGGCUGAUGGGAAGGUGGCGGUGGGCCAGGAUGACCUCACGGUGGUGCUCAACGAGGACGGGGUCUGCACUCAGAAGUGUGCCCUCAACUGGACCGACAUCCCCAUUGAUAUGGAACAUCAGCCCCCCUACAUCAUAGCUGUCCUGCCUCGCUAUGUGGAGAUCAGGACCUUUGAACCCAGACUGCUGGUCCAGAGUGUGGAGCUGCAGAGACCACGAUUCAUCACCUCAGCUGGGCCUAAUAUAGUGUACGUUGCCAGCAACCAUUUUGUCUGGCGCCUGGUGCCUGUGUCCAUCGCCAGUCAGAUCAGACAGUUACUACAGGACAAGCAGUUUGAACUGGCCCUGCAACUGGCAAAUAUGAAGGAUGAUGUGGAAGGAGAUAAGAGACAGCAGAUUCACCACAUCCAGAAUCUCUAUGCCUUCAAUCUGUUCUGUCAGAAGAGGUUCGAUGACUCCAUGCAGGUGUUCGCUAAGCUCGGCACAGAUCCCACCCAUGUGAUUGGUCUGUAUCCAGAUCUGCUCCCCGCUGACUACCGUAAACAGCUGCACUACCCCAACCCCCUGCCCAGUCUGUCUGGAGCAGAACUGGAGAAGGCUCACCUGGCGCUCAUAGACUACCUGACACAGAAACGCAGCCACCUGGUGAAGCAGCUGAACGACUCCGAGCCGUCCACCCCGUCUCCCCUCAUGGAAGGGACUCCCACCAUCAAGAGCAGGAAGAAACUCCUUCAGAUCAUCGACACCACGCUGCUCAAAUGCUACCUGCAUACCAACGUGGCCCUGGUGUCCCCUCUGUUGCGUCUGGAUAAUAACCACUGUCACAUUGAGGAGAGUGAGUACAUCCUGAAGAAGGCCCACAAGUACAGCGAGCUCAUCAUCCUCUAUGAGAAGAAGGGCCUGCAUCAGAAAGCCCUACAGGUGUUGUUGGACCAGUCCACCAAGGCUAACUCUCCCCUAAAGGGGCAUGAGAGGACUGUGCAAUACCUCCAGAGACUGGGGAUGGAGAAUCUAGGCAUCAUCUUUGAGUUCUCUCCCUGGGUGUUGAAGAUCUGUCCCGAAGACGGACUGAAGAUCUUCACUGAGGACCUGACGGAGGUAGAGACCCUGCCCAGAGACAAGGUCCUGAACUUCCUGAAGGAGGGCUUUAAGGAGCUGGCUAUCCCCUACCUGGAGCACAUCGUACACGUCUGGGAGGAGACGGAGCCAGAGUUCCAUAACGUCCUCAUUCAGCUGUACCUGGAGAGGGUCCAGGGACUCAUGAAGCAGUACCUCAACUCCCUGCCCGAGGGGGUUCCUGCAGUGGCUGCUGGGAAGGAGGAGGGGGACCUGGGAGAGUUCCGGAGCAAGCUAGUGUGUUUCCUGGAGGUCUCUACCAGCUACGAACCAGGCCGACUUAUCUCUGACUUCCCCUUCGAUGGUCUUCUGGAGGAGCGGGCCCUGUUGCUGGGUCGGAUGGGGAAACACGAACAGGCCCUCUACAUCUACGUACACGUCCUGAAGGACACACACAUGGCCAAGGAGUACUGUCACCGGCAUUAUGACAAAGACACAGACAGAAACAAAGAUGUGUACCUGUCUCUUAACCCCAUGUUGUUAUACAGGUGUACCUGUCUCUUAACCCCAUGUUGUUGUUAUACAAGUGUACCUGUCUCUUAACCCCAUGUUGUUAUACAGGUGUACAUGUCUCUUAACCCCAUGUUGUUGUUAUACAGGUGUACCUGUCUCUUAACCCCAUGUUGUUGUUAUACAGGUGUACCUGUCUCUUAACCCCAUGUUGUUGUUAUACAGGUGUACCUGUCUCUUAACCCCAUGUUGUUGUUAUACAGGUGUACCUGUCUCUUAACCCCAUGUUGUUGUUAUACAGGUGUACCUGUCUCUUAACCCCAUGUUGUUAUACAGGUGUACCUGUCUCUUAACCCCAUGUUGUUGUUAUACAGGUGUACCUGUCUCUUAACCCCAUGUUGUUGUUAUACAGGUGUACCUGUCUCUUAACCCCAUGUUGUUGUUAUACAGGUGGACCUGUCUCUUAACCCCAUGUUGUUGUUAUACAGGUGGACCUGUCUCUUAACCCCAUGUUGUUGUUAUACAGGUGGACCUGUCUCUUAACCCCAUGUUGUUGUUAUACAGGUGGACCUGUCUCUUAACCCCAUGUUGUUAUACAGGUGUACCUGUCUCUUAACCCCAUGUUGUUAUACAGGUGUACCUGUCUCUUAACCCCAUGUUGUUAUACAGGUGUACCUGUCUCUUAACCCCAUGUUGUUGUUAUACAGGUGUACCUGUCUCUUAACCCCAUGUUGUUGUUAUACAGGUGGACCUGUCUCUUAACCCCAUGUUGUUGUUAUACAGGUGGACCUGUCUCUUAACCCCAUGUUGUUGUUAUACAGGUGGACCUGUCUCUUAACCCCAUGUUGUUGUUAUACAGGUGGACCUGUCUCUUAACCCCAUGUUGUUGUUAUACAGGUGUACCUGUCUCUUAACCCCAUGUUGUUAUACAGGUGUACCUGUCUCUUAACCCCAUGUUGUUAUACAGGUGUACCUGUCUCUGCUGCGCAUGUAUUUGUCCCCUCCUGAUGUCCACUGCCUUGGACCAAU